CUUCAUUCUGUCUUGCCUCACGGUGCCAAGAGCACGUUUUCUGCCUAGUUGUUGUCCAGCGUAGGUGAAGACUUGGAUACUUCGUUGAAAACGCCAGAUAUCGCACUCGAAGCCGACAGGCGACAAAUAACAGGGCCAUGAUGCUAACAUCCACCCGGUCCCCCGUCAUGUCACUACCUGCCGAGGUUCUACUCAUCAUCUUCGAGGCAGCCAGUCGACAGUCGUCGCCUCGGUCCACAUACGAUCUAGACACAGAAGUGACCGCUGAUACGGAGAGGGGGGACAUAUCGCCUGAUGCAGUGCAACUUGCGUUUGUCUGCCGUGCGUGGAUGGAUGUAAUAGCGUUGAAGCCUGUUUUCUGGAAGAGCCUCAAAAUCGCGAUUGACGGCCCCACCUUCGUUCCCAGUGUCAUCAAGACAUUCUUCACUGCAUCUCGCGAUCAGCUGAUUGACCUUUCAAUCGCCCCCCUCGACAAGGACUCGUACACGCUCACCCAGGCACAAGAACAGGAGCGGAUGGACUUCAUCAUGGAACACGUCACGCCGCACUUGGGACGCUUUGCUAAGCUUUGCAUUUUCGCCUUCUGUCGCUCCACCAUCUUACAUACCGCUCGCUUCCUAGACGGUGCCAACUUGACUCACCUUUCUACGCUGCACCUGGUCUCAAAGAAAACAGACGAACACGGUUGUCUCUUGAUCCCUCGGUUAACGCUUGCCGCUCUCUCAAAACUUCACAUCGACGCGGAAAGCUUUGUAGACCUCAUUCUCGAGAAUGACACCAGCUGGGGGGACGACUCCACCCUCUUAGACCUCCACCUUACCAGGUUCAGCCCAAACUCCUCGGUCGGAGGAGAGUUAGAAGUCCUCUCCCUUGUCGAAGCUCUAGGUCAACUCAGCGAAAUCAGAGACCUUUCUCUCAUAAUAGAAGACGUCAAAUUUUCAUACCAUGGGGACGAGACGACGAAUGUGACCGUGAAGGACGUGCAGCGCCUGGAACUGCACAGCCUCGACGGCUCCUUCGUCCCCCUGAUCUGCGAUAGCAUCCGCUCGCCGGUCCUCGAACACGUCCACAUCUCGCGGUGCACCAUAUCACCCGAGUGGCGCCUGCACUCGCGCAUGCGUAUGCCCGGUCAGACGCUCCGCCUCACAGGUGUCGAGUCCAGCACUUCUCUCCUGUGCCUUAUACAGGACUUCCAAGGGCGGAAGCUGGUCGUCGAGGACUGCCCAGGAUUCGACGACUGGGUGCUCGGCGCCAUGGCCUUCUCGCUGGAAGGGCACUUCGCAUGUCCGUCCCUGACGCGCCUCGAGAUCACAGGGACGACGUUUUCCGCUGACGCACUGCGGCGCAUGUGCCUGAUGCGGCAGGCUGACGCACCGAUCGAGGAGCUGCACGUCAGCGGUGGUCCGACCAUUCACCGCGACUGGAGGAUGUGGUUCGAGAUGUACAUUAUGGAGUUCUCGUGGAAGCCAAAAAUGGACGAUGCAGAACGAUGGUGACGGCUUAUUCACAGUUAUGCUCAACGGGUAGCGUAGCUUCUGUCGGACUCCCGAGCCAUCUCAUUAGCUACGACACCGGGACGAGCGAAGGAAAGAGGAGAACAU